GGAAGGGGCGCAGCCUGGCUGCAGUCCCUCUGCAGAGGGCUGUUUGCUCAGGGUGCGAGGUGGUUCCCAGGCUGUCUGGGCGCAGUGCUGCGCAAGAUUGCCCAACCUCAGCAGUGGAGUUCACGCCAGCGCUAACGGUUGGUCUUGAAAUAGAAGACCUUUCAUGAAGAAAUUAAAAAAGAAAUUGCAACCAAUAGAGAAAUGAGGCAUCUGUAUACUAGAGAAAGCCCUAAAACAACCGUAUAAAGUAGGAUGAAAGGAAUGAAUAUACCUGGGAGAGAUUUUACUCAGUGUGAAUAUUUUUGUCCACCGGUUUGCCCUAAAAGGCUGCCUAAGGAAGAAAUAAUAUAGUUUUCUAGAGAAUGAAAGAGUGUGGUGUAAAUAUGGAGACCACAGUUUCUGAAAUUCAAGUAGAAAAUAAGGAUGAAAUGAAAUUAGCAGAAGUCAGUCCUCAGAAUGAAAGACAUGAGGAAAAAACAUCCAUGCUUUGCUUCAAGAGAAGAAAGAAAGCAGUCAAGGCAGUGAAGCCCAAAGCUGUCUCUGAGGCUGCCAAUGUGGCAAGGGAGUGUCGGGUAGAAGCAGGAGCUUCUGAUCAGCCACAGCACCCAGGGGGCACCUGGGCCUCAAUCAAACGUCUAGUAACACACAGGAAAAGGUCAGAUUCUUCAAAGCAGCAAAAGUCAUUUAAGGCUGAAGUGCAACCUGAAAUAAAGGAUGAGGAUGCUGAUCUUCCUAAGAAAAAGGUAAAAUCCAGAAUUAAGAUUCCCUGCAUAAAAUUCUCAAAAGGUGCACAAAGAAGUAAUCAUUCCAGAAUUACAGAAGACUCAGACUGCACCAUCAAAGUCCAAAAAGAGGCUGAAGGGUUGGAUAUACAAACUCAGACCCAAUUAAAUGACCAGGCAACAAAGGCUAAGUCAGCCCAGGACCUAAGUGAAGGCGUCCUGCAAAAAGAUGGUGAUGAGGUCUGUGAAUCAAAUGUGAACAGCAGCAUAACAUCUGGAGAGAACGUGAUUUCAGUAGAACUUGAAUUAGAUAAUGGGCAUUCUGCUAUUCAAACAGGAACUCUAAUCCUUGAAAAGGAAAUUGAAGUGAUUGAAGAAAAACAAAGUGUUCAACCCCAACAAGCAAGCCCGCUUGCAAGUUCAGAAACAGACAACCAGCAACUAGUGGCUUCUGAUGUUCCUCCAUCUCCUGCAAUCCCAGAUCAGAAAACUGUGGAAGAAUCCAGUAACAGUGUCCUAGAAAGCAGACCAUACUGUGAAGACUAUGAAAGUAGAGAGAUGGUAGCUGAAGAGAAUAAGCCAAAAGAUACUGAAUUGAGCCAGGAAUCAGAUCUGAAAGAAAAUGGGAUCGAUGCAGAGAAACCCAAAUCAGAAGAAAGCAAAAGAAUGGAGCCAAUUGCUAUUAUUAUUACAGACACUGAAAUCAGUGAAUUUGAUGUUAAGAAAUCUAAAAAUGUCCCAAAGCCAUUCUUAAUUUCAAUAGAAAAUGAGCAAGUAGGGGUUUUCGCUAAUGAUAGUGGUUUUGAGGGUAGAACUCCAGAACAAUAUGAGACACUCUUAAUAGAAACAGCUUCUUCUCUUGUCAGGAAUGCUAUCCAGUUGUCUAUAGAACAGCUGGUUAAUGAAAUGGCCUCCGAUGAUAAUAAGAUAAACACUCUCCUACAGUGACUUAAUUUCCAGGUCAAGGAAGAAAAGCUUAACCAUUUACACAUUUGUGGCAUUUCUUGUUCAGAAACAAAUAAGAUUUAUCACUUGUGGAAUUAAAGGUAAAAAUCCCGGCCUACAAGUGCUAAAGAGUAAAUCAAGUUCAUAAAACUCUACCACUGAAAUGCAGUCACUUCUGGAUUGAAGGAAGUCAGCACAGAUUGCAACACAAAGUGACAUACAGGGAGUACUAAAAUGGCAUAUGGAGAUUGUUUGGGGAAGGAAAUAUUUAUUGAGCACUGAAGUAUGCCAUAAGCUCUUUACUGUUCUCUGAUGUCAAAGUCUGAUUUCUUUUUAAUAGUUCAAUGCUAUGUAACAUCGAAUUCAGCUUUCAAAAACUUUUUUUACACUGCACUUUUAUGUUGUUUAAAAUGGUGAAUAAGGUGAGUUAUUUUUGUGAAUGUGUAUUUUAUAGUUAUUAUAUUCCUCAGCAGUAGUAUUACCUCAAAAAAUAUAUUUCAUUUCUAAUUUCAGCAGAGGGUAUGCAUAAUAUGCAUACUGGAAUUAAACAUAUGUGGUUUUCUCAUUUUGCUCAAGUCCCUUACAAAAACCAUUCGUGAGAUCCUUCAAAUAGGCAAAUAGUGUGGAAACAAGGGAUACAGUUUCCCUUUCCACCUUGCUUUAGACCCAGCAGAUCUGUAUAUAUCCAUUUUUAUACCAGCUGAUACCGGCUGGUCUGCUGAAAAGUGUAAAACAAAACAAUGAAAACAAAAUGAGGGGAAUAUUACUUUUCAUCCAGGAGAAGUAACAAAUGAUCACAGCACAGAGUUCUUCUUGAAGAAUUUCUUCUUUAAAGACCCUAUUUACCAACCUCUCCUCAAGGAAGGGAGAGAUCUGAUGGUAAAGAUCCUAGGAAAUUAUAAUAUUCUAGUGAAAAUGUUGUUUAUUCUGGGCUAAGAAUGAGCCAUGUAUAGUUAUUUAUAAGGUACAUAUUUUCAGCGUGUCUAUGUGUUAAGAGAAACCAGUAAAAAGUAUUUUACAUGGAUAUUGAAAAUUAACUUUUCAUCACAAUUUCCAGUCCAGCUAAUAUUUUACAAAAACGAGAAGGGCUCAUUUGCAUUUUAUUCAGUUAUUUAAAGAGAAGCAUUCAAUCACAUUAAUGAUUGCCAUGUUUUUGGGAGAAAAUUCUAUCCUCUAUGUUUUCUUGUAUGAAAUGGCCACGAUACCCUAACAUACUUCCUUGCCUCACAGGUUAGAGUUCAUAUUGUAUAGUCUCCCAUUUUCUAAACUGAGUUAUGGUGUUACUACUUGAAACACAUGAAGAAAUGGAAGUAUGAAUGGUAAGGUUUGUUGAAGACCACCUUAGAGGAAGGAUGCACAUUAGAUGAUUUUAAAUGAUCUGGGUGACGACUUGGCGUCAUUUCAAGAUUGCUUACACAAAGUUAUGUGCUAAUUUUUCCUAUAAUUCAUUUUUUGGUAAAUAAGUUUUGAGACCUCUGACAGAGAAAGCUAGUCUGACUUUGGAAUUAAACCAAAUAAUGGAUAUUAUUAGUAAGAUUCUUUGCUACAGUACAAAAAUAUUUCUCCCAGAUUUUCCUACCUUCAUAUUUAUAAAAUUGGUGGGGAAGUUUCCUUUAGUAGCAAGAUAAAAAAUGACCCAAGAAAUCCUUGUCUUUUAAUUAUACAAGUUCUACCAAUAUUUUUUAAAGAUUAAGUCAUAUUCUUUGAAAAACUCUUUAUGUGGUGCUAAUAUACUUAGAAAGCUACCAGCAAAUAUCACAUAUUAAAAUGAACAGCUUAAAAACCUGAUUAAGGUUGGUGCAUUGUAUAGUAUUUUGAAGAAUCCUGUCUUCAUUUAUUACAAGGAUUGCUCCAAGCCAAUAUACUUGCAUUAUAAUUUUCCAGUAAUCUCUUAUGAACAAGCAAAAGUAUAGCAUUCAUCAAUUAUUUAAAGCAGUUUGGAAGGUUUAGACAUUUAUUUAGGAUUUAAAAAAAACAGAUACAAGCUAAAUAUGUAUAGUGAAAUAUCUAGGUUUCACACUGUUUGAUAAAUGUAAUUUUGGUUAGAAUGCAUUAUGAUUGUUUUUAUGAUGAUAUGUAUACUCUUAUUUGUGUUCUUUAUUAAGUGGUUUCUCCUCAAUCUUUUCUGGUGAAUUAAAUAACUAGUAUUUAUUUGAAAAUACAAUCCUCAAAUUAAUUGGUCUCAAUCUAUUAUAUUUGUUACAUGGCCAAAUCCUAUUAUAGUGAAUUUCUAAAGGGAUCCAAAUUGUUUUUUGUUAUAGAAAUAAGCAGGAAUUAGAUGGCCUAGAAGUCUCUCAUAAAAUAUUUUUUAUUAUAAUAGUAUUUAUUUUAAGUAAUUUUACCACAUAUGCAAAAUACUGUGUGAAUAUAAAUAGGUUCUGAUUCAUUUCACAUCCAUUUGAUCAUUUAAAAAGCUUAAAUUUAAGAACACCAUAUUUUCAUUUAAAUCUGCUACGGUAUAAAUAUUGCUUUUAAUGAACAUUUAUUAGCUAGGAUUUAGCUUCACUUUGAACUCAGAUUUUUUUUUUGCAAGCCUGGGGGAGUUUAUCAGAUUCUUAUUAAUCUUUUCAGCAUAUUAUCUUCCCCCUUUUAAGAGUCAAGUAUUAUUCACUUUGCUUCUUACAACACAGGAUAUUAAAAUUCUCCUCUAUUUUAUGUAGCACUAUUCACCUAACAUUUUUUAAAGCACUUUACAAGAUAUAAAAAUAGUACCCAGUAAAGGUAGAAGAAAACAAAAGAACUUUCAAACAGAAAUUAUGUUCCCUGCCACCUCCUCCACCUCAAAGAAUAAUAAGCAUGUGGCACAAAUGGAGUUCUUCAUAUAAAAGCUGUCUGCAUAAUUUUCUUUCAAGAUAAUAUAUUUGACAGCACAGAGUUUGCAAUGAUCUUAAUUGGGCUACUAUGCAGUGGAGUCUUUAGAAACUUUCUAAUUUACUUUUGAGAACUUGUAUUAUUUCACCAGUAUAUGUGAAGAAGCAUCUUGCUAAAGGUUGUUUCAGAGAUCAUGAGAGGGCUCCAGUCAAAUCUGCAUGCAUUCCAGAGUUAAUUUUAUCCAUAAAUUUCUAACUAACUUCAAGUUGCCUUACUUUUUAAAGUUAAGAUUUUUUUAGGGUUUUACAGAAUUUUAAAAAUAAUUGUGAGACUUUAGAAUCUUAUUGUUCGAAAACAUCCUUUUAAUGUCAACUUUACUGAAAAAAGUCUACUUUCUAAUUUCAUCUGCUAUUAAAUACAUCAGGGUUUGAUUUUUCUGCCUGCUAUUUUUGAAUCCCUUAAGUUUUAGAGUUCUUUAGUUUCAAAUUCCUGUGUUUUAUUGUGUAACAUGAGGUUUCUUACAAUUCAAAAUAUCCUCCAUAGUACAUUUUAUGAAAGAUAUUUUAAAUAAUGAUCCUUAUUUAGUUACAUUUAUUAGAAUGAAGCUUCAUAAAACUUAUGUGUGCAGAUUAAAUACUAUUUAAUUCAGCCUCUGUUAGGCAUUACACGUGCCAAACAUUUUGAUAAUGGAACAGGUUCUCUGCUUUCCAAGAGCUCAGUUUAGGGAGCAGGACAGCAGAAGCUGGGACAGAGGUUAAGGCAAAGAGCCACAGACAGUGCAGCAACAUGAGGCCAGAUAGGGAAACAGAGAGUAAUUUUGGGUUGUGUGGGGCAAAGUGUCAUCUGAAUACACUAGCAGUUUCAAAAUAGUUAAACAGUAUAUUCAUUCUGAAUUGUGCCUAGGUACAGAAAAAGGCCUGCAUAACGUUACAUAUUUAUAGUAGUUCAUUGUCUGUAAAAAUGUUAAGUGGAUGAGCUAUUCUGAAAGUCUUAAGAAUUCCAUUUGUAUUUCUCAUUGAAAUUGGUAUUGUAUUACUGUGGAUCAGAUGUUAGUAUUAAAUAAAUAAUACUAUGAGAAAAAGGUUUCAAGCUGAAUUAAUUUAGAUACUAAUUAUUAAUAAAGAAUGUUUAUUUAUCCACA